AUUUUAUCACAACGAGGUGAAUGUCGUAUAUCGCCACCGCACGUGCGGCAUAGCAUGCGGCUCGCUCGGAAGAGAAAAUUCGUCAUUUGAACCAUUCCAUCAACCAGCAUGCAGCAGGAAAACAAACAAGUGGUCUUCGUAUCGCGUCCGGGGGAGACUGGCAAACCCUCGGAGAGCAAUUUCGCCGUCGAAUCUUGCCCGUACCCGGAACUAACAAGAGAUAGGCAAAUCAUCAUUCGUACCAUCUACGUCGCAAUUGACGCUGCAUUACGUUAUCGAAUGAACGAGUGCACCAAGGAGUACUAUCUGAGUACGUGGAAGAUCAACAACGUUGUCCCCGGCUUCGCUGGUGUCGGAUUGGUCAUUGAGUCGCAGUUCCCGAAAUUUCACAAAGGCGACUACGUGUACCGUUUCGUUGAGUGGCCAUGGAAGAUAUUUUUUGCAGGAGUCGCUGAAUCCCUCCACAAAAUCGUUAUAGAGGAUUUUCUGAACGACCUUACUGCCCCGGUAAAUUACUUGGGCGUCAGCGGCUUGUCGGCAUUUCUAGGACUUCGCGAGAAAGGCCAUAUAAAACGGGGUUCCGGACAGACCUGCGUCGUGUCAGCUGCUGCGGGGGCUUGUGGUUCGCUUGCUGGACAGAUCGCAAGACUCGAAGGUUGCGAAAGGGUCGUCGGGAUAUGUGGCAAUGAUGUAAAGUGCAAUUAUCUUACGGAGACGCUGAAGUUUGAUGCAGCAAUCAACUACAGGACUCAAAAUGUAGAAGAGAGACUAAAGCAGACUUGUCCAAAGGGAAUCCAGGUCUAUUUCGACAAUGUGGGAGGCGCCAUAAGCGACGAAGUGAUCAAGCAGAUGACACCGAACGCCAACAUCGUUCUCAAUGGCCAGAUCGCAAUGUACAACACGGACACACCCCACCCGACUCCGCUGUCACCUGAGAUCCAGACUAUCGUGGACACCAAAAACAUCAAAAGGGAUGGAUUUAUAGUGAUUGAGCAUGAGAACAAAUUCGAGGCAGCCAUGCUGCAGAUCAGGACGUGGGUGAAGGAUGGAAAACUCAUCCCGAAGUGUACCAUCGCUGAGGGCAUCGAAAGUGCACCUAAAGCGUUCAUCAACAUGAUGAGUGGAGGAAACAUCGGCAAGCAGCUGGUGCGGUUCAGCAGUCCAUGAUUUAUUGUCAAUAAAGGUGCAUUUUUUAAAGAUGUUGAUGCGCGACGUAGCGCUAAGGGGGAAAAACCCGGUAAGCAGCAGAAACAACACAAGGUUAAUUACAUCAUGGGUGGUGGUGGUGGUGUAACUGCUUGCCGUAGGUGGAGUGCAAAGCGCUUCACUUUGGACGCCAAGCAAGCGCCAAAGACUGGCAAGCUGUAGCGACCUUUCCGAAUAAAUAGGUAGGGUAAUGAUCA